GUGGCACUAAUGGCACUCAUGUUGUAAUGCAUUGUAAAUACAGACACAAAAUAGUCGCGCGUUUUCGCAGACAAAACACAAACACAUUCAACGAUAUUGUCUUUCAAUACGUCAAGACAUGGGAACCGCUGACAAGCCGUCCACCUCUACGGUUACCGCCGAUGGAAACCCAAACAUUCACUGGGUCGAAAAAUACAGACCAAGAAGUUUGGAUCAAUUGAUUUCGCAUCAGAAUAUCGUCAGCACUUUGUCUAAAUUCAUGGCAGAACGUCGAUUGCCUCACCUCCUGCUGUACGGCCCGCCCGGCACUGGCAAGACAUCGACGAUACUGUCCUGCGCUCGACAACUAUAUUCACCGCAACAAAUGUCGUCAAUGGUUCUCGAGUUGAACGCGUCGGACGAGAGGGGCAUCGGUGUCGUGAGGGGACCGAUACUGAACUUCGCGUCCACUAAAGCCGUAUUCAAGUCUGGCUUCAAACUAAUCAUUUUAGACGAAUGCGAUGCCAUGACUAACGACGCCCAGAAUGCACUCCGAAGAAGUACACCAUUACUACUACUACUACUCAUACCUAUUCCUCCCCUUUCCCUCACAAUUUUAAUCGAGAAGUUUUCGGUGAACACCAGGUUUUGUCUGAUCUGUAAUUAUCUCUCGAAGAUAAUACCGGCCCUACAGUCGCGGUGCACGCGAUUCAGGUUCGGGCCGUUAAGCGCGGCGCAGAUAAUACCGCGCGUGAAGUUUAUCGCCACCGAAGAGCGCAUUAACGCGACCGAUGAGGGCAUUAAGGCGUUGAUCGACUUGUCUGACGGCGAUAUGCGUAAAGUGUUGAACGUAUUACAGGCCACUUCUGCCGCCUUCCCUGUGGUCGACGAACGCAAUGUCUACCUCUGCUGCGGUCGACCGCUGAAGGAAGACAUCGAGCAGAUCCUCGGUUGGCUUCUCAACCAGAAGUUUACCACUAUUUACGAGAAUAUGCUCGAAAUGAAGAGAGAGAAAGGACUCGCACUUCAAGACAUUCUCAAACAAUUACAUCCAUAUAUUGAUAGAAUUGAUUUUCCGAUUGAUUUAAAGAUUGAAAUCUUGGAGAAGAUGGCAAAUAUUGAGUGAGAAUUUAAUUC